AGUUGUCCGCGGAACAGCCCGACCAAUCAAACCUCGACCUUGACUGUUUUGCAUCUCGACUAGAGAGUUUAUCAGUCUGGCGUUCUCGGCCGUAAUACUAACAUCUCUUUCCGCGACGCGGUUCGAAAGCCCUUUAUUGAAGUUCAUUACAGUCAUUCAAUUAGUCAAGGAUAGUGCCAAAUCAGCAGUUCAUCAAGGCCGUUCGAGUUAAUAAAUGGACGUCCCAGUUUGCGUGCAAACAAAAUACAAAGUAAACAAACGCCUAAAAGCAAGGUGCGGUAUGGUGUUUCGCUCGUGAAUCAGGGUGAUUGUUUAUAAAUAGAUCGAUUCGAAUACGGUUUACAUGCGAAAUUCGCCGAAAAACUGAAAGGUCCAGUGCGUCGCGAUUCGUCAGUGCAAAAGGACGUGAAGUACUCUGUGUUCGGCAUUGGUACCAAUCGUUUGAGCGGUACAUAUUUUGCGGCUGACUUCAACAGAUGUUUUCUGUUGACACGCUAGUGAUAAGAGAGCAAUUAGUGCCAGUUAGCAAAUUUAGUCGUGAAUCAUCAUAAAGUUCGAAGAAAGUCUUUGGGAUCUUUUGAUCUGUGCUUAGUGUAUCUGAAGGUGGACUUCGGUCGGAAAACUGCAGCCGCAAUAAAUUGCGCCUAGAGAAGGUCAUUACAGUGCCUCGUGCUCUGUCGCGUGCUUCGUCUUGCGUCGCGUCGUCGCCACGCCGUGCCGGUUGAUUCGUCGUCGUCGGUAUUUUCGUACGCGUUAAGUAUAUUAAUCCUUCGUGCUUCCAUAUACGGAAUUGAAGCUGAAGAAUGUCGUUCUACAACGAAAACUACAGCUAUCCGCGCAACUGGAAUGCCAAUGGGUUCGGUUGGGUCAACCCCGCCGCUCUUAGCCAACCCUCAUAUCCCGUGCAAAUGCCAACACCGGAAUCCUCGGGUUAUUCCAGUCUAAACCCGUCGAUUUCCGGCCAUUCGUUAUCGUAUGGAUUUGCGCCCGGGGUUCACUCCCCGGCUUCCGGAGGAUAUGCACCGACUCCGGCAGCACCGAGUCUGCCUUACCCCACCAUGGGGUUCAGCGGAUACGGAGGUGGAGGUGGGGGUAUGCCAAUGCCGAUGCCAGAUGCUGGUUUUGGCGCUCCUCAAGUGCCAGCGAUGUCGAUGCCAAUUCCGGGUGGCUUCGAUCAUUCGGCGGGAGAUUCGGAAACCGUGCAGGAGAUUCCGUUUCAAGCGGUAUCGGUUCCUAUAGCCGAGGGAAUGUUCAGCAGUCUCGGUGAAAAAGGCAGUGGCUUUCGAACGCGUACCGAUGUUCAGGAUUACUACGUCCUCCGCAGUCAGUGCCUUGAAAACGGAUCACUGUUUGAAGAUCCGGAGUUUCCGGCCGUUGCCGCAUCGUUGAUGUUCUCGCGCCGUCCGGAUAGACAUUAUGAAUGGCUCCGCCCGCAUGAAAUCAGCGAAAGUCCGGAAUUCUUCGUAGAAGGUUUCUCUCGGUUUGAUGUUCAGCAAGGUGAACUGGGCGAUUGCUGGUUGUUGGCUGCUUGUGCCAACUUGACGCAAGAUCAGAAGAUGUUCCUCCGUGUAGUUCCGGAGGACAACAGCUUCGAAGAUGAAUACGCUGGAAUCUUCCACUUCCGUUUCUGGCAGUACGGACGAUGGGUCGAUGUAGUAAUUGACGAUCGGUUACCGACCUACCGUGGGGAGCUGAUUUAUAUGAGAUCAUCGGAAAAGAACGAAUUCUGGAGUGCUCUGUUGGAGAAGGCCUACGCUAAACUGCACGGAUCUUACGAAGCGCUGAAAGGUGGCACAACUUGUGAAGCCAUGGAGGACUUCACCGGAGGUGUAACCGAAAUGUACGACCUCAAAGACCAAACACCGCCGAAUCUUUUCGCCAUCAUCGAGAAAGGAUUCCAGCGGAAUUCAAUGUUUGCCUGCAGUAUUGAGCCCGACCCGAACAUAACGGAAGCGGAAACUCGCGAAGGCCUCAUUCGAGGUCACGCUUACUCGAUCACCAAGAUUCAACUGGUGGACAUCGUAACGCCCUCUACCUCCGGGAAGAUCCCACUGAUCCGGCUGCGUAAUCCAUGGGGUAACGAAGCCGAGUGGAACGGGGCUUGGAGCGAUCAAUCGGCGGAAUGGCGAUACAUCCCCGAUGAGCAGAAGGAAGAACUCGGCCUCAAUUUUGACGUCGAUGGCGAGUUUUGGAUGUCGUACCGAGACUUCACCCGGUACUUUGACCGCAUCGAGAUUUGUAACUUGAGCCCGGAUUCGCUCAGCGAGGAGCAGGUGAACCGCGGAAAGCUUCGAUGGGAAAUGUCCACCUUCGAGGGUGAAUGGGCCAUCGGUAGCACGGCCGGAGGUUGUCGAAACUACUUGCAGACCUUCUGGCAUAACCCCCAAUACGUUGUUCAUUUGGAAGAUCCCGACGAGGAUGACGAUGAAGGCAAAUGUACGGUAAUCAUUGCGUUGAUGCAGAAGAACCGUCGGUCCCGCAGGAAUAUGGGCGUGGAUUGUUUGACGAUUGGGUUCGCCGUGUAUCGGUUAACCGAGCGGGAUUUGGCACAGAAACCGCAGAAGAUGAACUUCUUCAAGUACAAUGCUUCGGUGGCGCGUUCGCAAGCGUUCAUUAAUCUGCGUGAAGUGAGCUGUCGAUUCAAGCUGCCGCCCGGUGAUUAUUUGAUCUUGCCGUCGACGUUCGAACCGAACGAAGAAGGUGAAUUCCUGAUCCGUGUGUUCUCUGAGAGCAAAAAUACCAUGGAGGAGAAUGACGAGGAGGUUGGAGUUGGUGAAAUUGAUGAUCGGGUCGGCCCCGAUGAUAUCAAUCGUGGCGGUGGUAGAUAUAUUGCACCAGACGUCCCAGUUCCGUCGCAACCGUCACCCCAGCGUCAGGCCAUGGAACGUCUCUUCCUGGAAGUGGCCGGCGCCGACGGGGAGGUUGACUGGGUCGAACUGAAGCGAAUCCUGGAUCAUUCGUUCCGUGAUGAUCUGCCCAAGUCGUCCUCGGUGAAUGGGUUGAACAAAUCGUACGCCAAUCAGCAAAACGCGGGCAACUACGACGACGGUGGCGGUGGGGAUGCCGGCGGUGGACUUCUGGCCCAACUGUGUGGCAUCUUCUGCAAGGAUACGCCGUUUGCCGAAGCCUUCGGGGUGUCUUCCGGCGGUGGCGGAGGACAGGACGGGAAUGCCAAUGGCAACCUGCAGAGUCAGAUCGUUCCCAUUCAGCACGUGGAUCAAGUCGGAACUGGUUUCUCGAAAGACGUCUGCCGCUCCAUGGUUGCCAUGCUGGACACCGAUCAGUCCGGCAAGCUCGGAUUCGAGGAGUUCCAGAGCCUUCUGACGGACAUCUCCAAGUGGAAGGCGGUAUUCAAACUGUACGACCAGGAUCAAACCGGCCGUCUGAGUGCGUUCGAGCUUCGGGAAGCCCUCAAUUCGGCCGGGUAUCACCUGAACAACCGGAUUCUGAACGGACUGGUGCACCGGUACGGCUCCCGGGAUGGAUCGAUAGCGUUUGAUGAUUUCAUCAUGUGUGCCGUCAAAAUCAAAACCAUGAUCGAUAUCUUCCGCGAAAGGGACUCGGAGGGCACCAACAUGGCCACGUUCAGCAUGGACGAAUGGGUUGAGAAAACGCUUUACUCCUAAGAGUCCCCCUCCCCCAGUGUCCACAUCUCGAUUUGAGAGCGCCACGAAUAAUCUCCCGUUUAUUGACGUUAUUUAAUGACAAAAAUCUAGUUGUUGGUUACGAUAUUAUCAAUUAUAAUCAAUCCGCCCUACAGCAGAAAUAGAGGCAACUUGCAUUUUGAUUCGCCUACGGAAUUCGAAACAAAACAAUGAACAAAGUAAGAAGCAUCUACAAACUUUUACCUACUUUAAUGUUAUGUUUUAUUGUAUUUAUCACAUUUUAAAUCAAACCAGUUUUAAGCGUAAUUUAUGAAACAGUAACUGUAUAUAAGCAUUCUACCGCGACUGGAACUCUUUAUGGUUGCUUAAUGGAAAAUAUGUGCUGAACUCUUAUCGAAACUCGUACAAUUAAAGCGUUGUUAGAGCAUCGUUUACAAAUGGCCUCGAAUAAUUUAUACAUUUGCAGUGAAAUUUAUGUGGAGUGCAAAGUUUAAAUCUAAAUUUGUAUGUUUGAACGAGUAAAUCUGUAAUUGGGUGCCUACA